CGGCGCGGUACGCGUCGGCCGCGGGGGGAGGGGAGAGGAUUGAGGAGGGGGCGGGAAUUCCCGACGCGAGGCCGGAGCUGUGCUGGUGCGAUGUAGAGAGACCCUCGCGAGGUCUGAGUCACUGGAGCUACCACGAACACCAUGGGGCCCUGGGGGGAGCCAGAGCUCCUGGUAUGGCGCCCAGAGGCAGUAGCUUCAGAGCCCUCAAUGCCAGUGGGACUGGAGGUGAAGCUGGGGGCCUUGGUGCUGCUCCUGGUGCUCACCCUCCUCUGCAGCUUGGUGCCUGUCUGUGUGCUGCGACGUCCAGGCACUAACCAUGAAGCCUCAGCUUCCAGCCAGAAAGUCCUAAGCCUCAUAAGCUGCUUUGCAGGAGGAAUCUUUUUGGCUACUUGUCUUCUGGACCUGUUACCUGACUACCUGGCUGCCAUAGAUGAGGCCUUGGCAGCCCUGCAUGUGACGCUCCAGUUUCCCCUGCAAGAGUUCAUCCUGGCCAUGGGUUUCUUCCUGGUCUUGGUGAUGGAGCAGAUCACACUGGCUUACAAGGAGCAGUCGGGGCCACUGCAUCGGGAAGAGACAAGGGCUCUGCUGGGAACAGUGAAUGGUGGGCCUCAGCAUUGGCAUGAUGGACCAGGGGUUCCCCAGGCAAGCGGAGUUCCAGCAGCUCCCUCAGCCCUGCGUGCCUGUGUACUGGUCUUCUCCCUAGCCCUGCACUCAGUGUUUGAGGGCCUGGCUGUGGGGUUGCAGAGGGACCGGGCCCGGGCAAUAGAGCUCUGCCUAGCUUUGCUGCUCCACAAGGGUAUCCUGGCAGUUAGCCUGUCCUUGCGGCUGCUCCAGAGCCACCUACGGGUGCAGGUGGUAGCUGGUUGUGGGAUCCUCUUCUCCUGUAUGACACCUCUGGGUAUUGGGCUGGGUACAGCUCUGGCAGAGUCAGCUGGGCCCCUGCAUCAGCUGGCCCAGUCUGUGCUGGAGGGCAUGGCGGCUGGCACCUUCCUGUAUAUCACCUUCCUGGAAAUCCUACCCCAGGAGCUGGCCACUUCCGAACAGAGGAUCCUCAAGGUCAUUCUGCUUCUAGCAGGCUUUGCCCUGCUCACUGGCCUGCUCUUUGUCCAAAUCUAAGGUGCUUCAAGAGAAGGGCAGGGGAGGUUGACUAUUAGGUGCCCCUGUCCUCCCUGCCCUCUUCCAGUUUGUGGGACAUAGGAAGGAAUGGGGAACGGAAAUAGUGAAGACUAAAGAGUUCUCUGAGAGGUAGAGAUGGAACAUUUGGGACUAUAAUUAAUGAGGAGGAAGUGGGCAAGGAAGAGGCUAGCCUCGGGCCCAAAGAGUAAGAGAUGGUCAAGUUACUAGAGACAUAAUCAGGGCACAUUAAGAUUGAGGCAGACUGUUAGAAUCAGAGGUCAGAUACUACACCUAAGAGAUAAGCUGACAGAAAAGGCUGGAGGUCAGCAGACAUCUGCCCUGGGGUAAUGUUAUAGGGAAGACAUAGACCAAAGUCAGCAUCAUGUUAGUUCUAGCCCAUUUCAGCACGCUGCCAAUUGAAGUGGAUCCUCCUAUCAUCUUGCUUCCUACUGAUAUCUCUUUUUUUCUUCUUUUCUACCAAGGGACUAGUGCCAAAUGGUCUCUCUCUGUGCCAGUUUUCAUAACUUCUCUGGCCUCUCCUAUCCUGCUCACUCACAUUUUUAAAGUGCCAAACACCAUCUGCUCCUUUUCUGAAAGCACAGUGAUGUGGCACUGGGCUCUGCCUAGCAUCUCAGUAUUGGAGACUUGUUCUAUAUUUUGGUUCCACAAUCUGAGGUGGGGCAGAAAUGUUUGCUGAACUGAUCU